AAUCGAGCCGCCUGUAUUCUUCACACGGCGUCUCUCUGCGGCCAUGGUAACACUUUCCUCAACACUGGACAUCUGAUUCAAAAAUACAACACAAACAAGUGCUUUUCAUGCAGCUGUUAUUCAGCAUGAAUUUGGCAGAGAUUUGUGACAACGCCAAGAAGGGCCGUGAGUAUGCUUUGCUGGGGAACUAUGACUCCUCCAUUGUGUACUACCAGGGCGUCAUUCAGCAGAUCCACAAGCACUGUCAGUCCCUCAGAGACCCUGCAAUUAAAGUCAAAUGGCAACAGGUCAGGCAGGAACUGACUGAGGAGUAUGAGCAGGUGAAAGGCAUCAUGGGAACGCUCGAAAGCUUUAAGUCAGAGAGGCCAGUUGACAUUCUUGCCCCUCAAUUUGAGGAGAGACCUGAGGAUCCAGCAGUAUGGCCCCCUCCUACCCCUGCAGAACACAGGAAUCUAAUUGCAGUGAAGCGCCCCAACAGUGCGGCGAGGCAGCAUAGGAAGGACUCCCCUGGUCUGCAGCAUCGAGGGGCAGGGCCAGGAGGCCGCGGUCAGGCCAACCCUAAACCAGACCGGCCGGGUUUGAGAGACGCCCGAGGCACAAAGGCCAAAGAUGAUAAGGGGAAGAAAGUUGGUGGAGAAGCGGAUGUAGAGCAGAGGAAGUUUGAUGGCACGGGAUAUGACAGCGACUUAUUUUGCUGUCGGGAAGUUUCUUUUGUUAGCACUGCUGACUGAGUUCUCUGGAUGAACUGUAGGGACGACAUUGCUGAUCUGGAAGAUGCUAAGAAGCUGCUGAGAGAAGCGGUGGUGUUGCCCAUGUGGAUGCCAGACUUCUUUAAGGGCAUUCGUCGCCCCUGGAAGGGCGUGUUAAUGGUCGGCCCUCCCGGGACAGGGAAGACCAUGUUAGCCAAAGCUGUGGCCACAGAAUGUGGGACUACUUUCUUCAAUGUGUCCUCCUCCACCCUCACCUCCAAAUACAGGGGCGAGUCCGAAAAACUUGUUCGUCUGCUGUUCGAAAUGGCUCGCUUUUAUGCACCAACAACCAUCUUCAUAGACGAGAUUGACUCCAUCUGCGGCAGAAGAGGAACAUCUGAUGAACACGAAGCCAGCCGCAGGGUCAAAUCAGAACUUCUGGUUCAGAUGGAUGGUGUCGGGGGGGCUCUGGAUAAUGAUGACCCCUCUAAGAUGGUGAUGGUCCUAGCCGCCACCAACUUCCCCUGGGACAUCGACGAGGCGUUACGACGACGGCUAGAAAAGCGGAUCUACAUAUCCCUGCCCACAGCUAUUGGUCGUGUAGAGCUUCUAAAGAUCAACCUGAGGGAGGUGGAGUUGGCUGAAGAUGUGGACCUGGACUUCAUUGCUGAGAAAAUCGAAGGCUACUCUGGAGCGGACAUCACCAACGUCUGCAGGGAUGCGUCCAUGAUGGCAAUGCGUCGUCGAAUCCAAGGCCUAAGCCCCGAGGAGAUACGAGCUCUGUCCAAAGACGAACUGCAGAUGCCUGUGACCAUGGAGGACUUCACCCUGACACUCAAGAAGAUCUCAAAGUCUGUCUCUUCUGCAGACCUGGAGAAAUACGUAGCCUGGAUGGCUGAGUUUGGGUCAGUAUAGAGAACGGUACCAUUUAGACCCAGAGGGACCAGGACUUUAAAAGUGAUGAAAGCCUUGAAGACAAGGGACUAAGGAGUGUGUGUCACGGAGUGGAGUGAACUCUAGUGUUUGAACCAGGCAGCACAUCAGGGAUCAAGAUUAUACAGGGGCUCAAGUUCCCAUCAGAAGACUGGUGCCUUAGAGAAAGCACUCCUGCCCUUGCGCAUACUGUCCCCUCGUUGUUGCUUCAGCACAAUUGUCCAUGUAGAGACUAUCAAUUGCCCAGCUGCUGACUGACUUAAGUGACCUGAGAAAGAAAGGGGGAACUUUUAAUGUAAAAAGUAGCCUAUUAGAUACAGGUAGACCAGGAAAUGCACUCUAGUUUUAUUACGUUAGCUUGUUAUACAAGUGUUCCACAUCCACUUCACCAAAUAAGCUUUGCUCGUAAAUUAUCCGUUUCAACCUGAUGAAUGCCAACUGUUUACAAGUAGGUUAGCGUUAAUCCAUGCCCCUAAAAUUGCUAUAAAAGAGUCCCUGUUUCUGGGUUUCAAGUUUCAUUGAAAAUUCCAAAGAUUAAAAAGAAUUUCACACCGCUGAGCUUCAUAUCCUGCUGUCAGAAAUCAGCAGUCGAAAACAUAACAAGUUUAGCAGUCAAAGUCGUGUUAAGAGACCUGAAAUGAUAAAAAAAAAUGUAAAUACAGCUGCAACAACAGAGGAUGUUCACAGGGAAAGCGUCCUGCUUAAAAACCUUAAGGCAGAUGUCACCAAACAGAUACUGAAUCGUUAGGUUGACAUGCCAAUAUACUGUAUGCCAGUAAAACCUGCAGUGAUGGUCAUGAUCAUUCAGAUGAAGGUAUUCUAAUUUAGAUUUCUGGCAAAUGCAAGAAGUUUCCUUAAAUCACUUGCAUGUGCCACAGAACAAAUCUGUCAGUACUUUGGAUUCUUGCACGAGGCCCUUUCUCUUAAAGAACUGUAUGUUUGAGCACUUUUAAUGUUUUUCCUUGAGGAUGUGCGUACUACUGACUGAACCCACUUGAAGAACCACAAUGUCUUGUGUUUUAUGUAGCGACUAAUUAUGUGUUUGUAUUUUGUUUGUUGGUUUUAAUUUGUUUUUAAUUUUAGUUCAGUGGAGAAAAACAAAUGUAGGCAAGCUAAAAGAACAUGGCUCCUGGACCCAUGAAUAUUUUAUUAAAGCAUACCGUCAAUUCUUGCCUAAAAUCUUGCCUACUUAAUGGUUCUUUUUAAUAAAAUUACUAAAUUGAUCACCCAAAAGUGAGUGAGGUUUUUAACUAUCUUGUUAAUCGCAUUUUCAAAGCAAACAAAAAAUGAUUCCAUGAUGCUGAAGCUAUUGAGAGAUAGAAAGAAAGAAAGAAAGAAAGAAAGAAAGAAAGAAAGAAAGAAAGAAAGAAAGAAAGGAAUAAAUAAAAAUAUAGUAUGGAAGUAAAUUCUUGGAAAUAGUUGCUUGACCAAAAACAAUCCCAACUGAAGGCCCAGCUUUUUCCAGAGCUUUUAACCGUGUCACGCCGUCUUCGUCCGCAGAUUGAGUUUGCUCUGUUGUCAUGGAGAUGGAUCUGUUGACAUCUGAGUUUAGAAUGAACUCAGCACUGUGAACAAGAAAUCUUAAAGGUGCUAUGGAUGACAUCAUAAUCACUACAUCUCUAACAACUGAACCAUCUCCAUUUAAGACUUUGUGACAGGGUUAAAAGCGCAGUAAAAGCUUGUAAAUUGACUAUGAGUUGCGAUUAUUUUGUCAAACUAUUAUUGUUUUGAUAUAUUAAACCUGUGAUGUGAGCUACAAGAUUAGAAAAACUUGAUACUCGCAAAAUAAUUGAUUCUUGACAGUAUGAUCAGUACUUUGGCUAUAAAGUAAUUUAGAGAUUUGCUCAUGUUUUUCGAUCUGUAGCAGCUGUGUAGCAAAAACAUUAAGCAGUGACAUUGUAUAAAACAAUGUGUAUAUAUGUUUGUGUAUUUUUGAGAUGAAUGAAACAGUAGUGUAUGUACAUCAGCCUGUUGUAUCAUCCUGACAGGCUGUGCCCUGUUUUAUCAGAAUACACUGUACACCUUUUACUAUUGGAUGUCAUUGUUAAGAUUUUGUGAGAUGCACUCUUUUACAUAUCACAUUUUUUUUUUUUUUUUCCGUCUUUUUAUUCAAAGCAACUUACAAUUGCUAUAUAUCAGACGUCACACGCCUCUGGAGCAACUAGGGGUUAAGUGUCUUGCUCAAGGACACGUUUGUUGAUGUAUCGCAAUGGGAAUCGAACCCGGAUCUCCCGCACCAAAGGCACGUGUCAUAUCCACUGCACGGUGCCAUCACCACCCUCUGAUGUUGCUUUGUUGUUUUCGUUUCUUCAGCAGCACUCAAACACUUUCUAGGUCAACAGAAGUGCUUUUCCCCUGCUUAUUACUUUUCAAAUGUAGGACAAAUUAUACAGAGCACUUGUCUAUGUGCUGGUUCUCAAAUUGUUAACCCCUCUUGAUGAUUUGUCCUUUUGAUGAAUCCAAAACGGAUUUUACUGCAGGACAAGCAGUCCAGUGUACCCCCUAAUUGCACUGCAUUGUAUUGUAAGGCUGUUAUAAAAUAUUGGUUUUACUGUUUUGAAAGCUAAACAUGUUCCAAAACCCCUAAAUGAAAACGGAUUUGUCCCCAUAAUACAACACACCUUAAGUUGAGCUCUUCAGUCUGUUAUCUGUAUCCCCAUAAAGCCUUUAAUCAGUUUGCCGUGUGAUUAAACAUUUUUUCUUUA